AUGGACCUGCAGGCCUCACUCCCUCAUGUUACCUGUCAGGAAUCUCUGCUGCGGCUGGAGCACCAAAAUGUACCCGGCGUGACUCACUUACCAUGGUCUUCCUGUCCAGGUUCCCUGAUCAGCCUUUACUGCUCCUCCCAACAAGUCCUGUGCCAGAUCGUCAGUGACCUCAGCCCCCAGGUGCCCAGCAAUGUCACCUCUACCAGCUGGAAGGAGAGGUUCAGGCAGAGCUACGGCUUCUACAUUGGUCUGGGCCUGGCCUUCUUGUCCAGCUUCCUCGUCGGCAGCAGUGUCAUCCUCAAGAAGAAAGGCCUUCAACGACUGGUGGCCUCGGGGGCCACACGGGCUGUGGACGGAGGGUAUGGCUACCUGAAGGAUGCCAUGUGGUGGGCUGGAUUUCUCACGAUGGCUGCUGGAGAGGUUGCCAACUUCGGGGCCUACGCAUUUGCUCCUGCAACAGUUGUCACGCCUCUGGGAGCACUGAGCGUCCUCAUAAGUGCUGUCCUGUCCUCAUACUUCCUGGGAGAGAGUCUGAAUCUGCUGGGGAAGCUGGGCUGUGUGAUCUGUGUGGCCGGCAGCACAGUGAUGGUGAUACACGCUCCUGAGGAAGAGAAGGUCUCCACCGUCAUUGAGAUGGCUGCCAAGAUGAAAGACACAGGGUACAUCGUGUUUGCUGUGCUUCUGCUGGUGUUCUGCCUCGUCCUCAUCUUCGUCAUCGCCCCACGCUAUGGACAAAGGAACAUCCUCGUUUACAUCAUCAUCUGCUCUGUGAUUGGGUCCUUCUCCGUGUCUGCCGUCAAGGGUCUGGGCAUCACCAUUAAGAACUUCUUCCAGGGGAUGCCAGUUGUGAGGCAUCCCCUCCCCUACAUCCUGUCCCUCAUCCUGGCACUUUCUCUCAGCACUCAGGUCAACUUCCUGAACAGGGCACUGGACAUUUUUAAUACUUCCCUGGUGUUCCCCAUCUACUACGUGUUCUUCACGACGGUGGUGGUUACUUCCUCCGUCAUCCUCUUCAAGGAAUGGUACAGCAUGUCUGUAGUGGACAUUGUGGGCACCCUCUCUGGCUUUGUCACCAUCAUUCUGGGUGUGUUCAUGCUUCAUGCUUUCAAAGACCUGGACAUCAGCCAGACCAGCUUGCCCCACAUGCACAAAAACCCAACCCCAUCUCCCACCCCUGAGCCCACUGUCAUUAGACUAGAAGACAAGAAUGUCCUUGUGGACAAUAUAGAACUCUCCAGCACCCCAUCACCAGAAGAGAAGCCCAAAGUAUUUAUAAUCCAUUCUUAAAGUGUGGAA